AUGUCACUGUCGCAAACUCACCAGGUGCCGAAGGAGGACGGCGAAGGCCUCGGAUCUGCGUCGAAAAAGAAGAAGUCAUCGCACAAGGAUAAGCACAGGAAGUCCAAGGAUGGAAAAAGCAAGGACAAGAAGAAGAAGAAGGACAAGAGCAAGAAGGCCGAUGUUGACAUGACCCCUUCAAGCUCAGCAGUCCCAACACCCCAGAAGCAAAGCGCGCCGAAGCCAUUGCCCUCGUCACAGAGAGAGGCUGGCCCUGAGACUCAUGUUCAGAAUGCCCCAGCGCCUCAGAUGCGAUCAGUGUCUGCACCUCAGAAAACACCCGUCUCCACGCCGCAGAAACAGCGUGCCUACACUCCCCAGAAGCAGGUGACCAAGACGUUUUCGCCAACUCGGCUGGAGGUUCAGAUCCCCAGCUCUGGCCAACCUCGGGAAGAAUAUGUGGAAAUGGCCUUGGACUCAAACGAUGAGAGUGUCGAGGUGACGCCCACUGCAGAUGCCCAGGCCAGUGCUAGAUUUCUGUCUGGAAUGCGACUCCCGAGGAAAGAAGUGACAGCGCCAUUUAUGGCUAACAAGAACCUGUUUGGCUCUACCCCUGCGACACCCAAGAGCCAAGUUGGAAGCAGGGCGUCAUCUGGAAAGAAGUCAAAGUCCGAGAGUGUGAAGCAAGAAAAAGUUUCGACACCCUCACCGGCGAAGAAGAAGAAAAAGAAGAACGACCGCUACAUCCCCGACACUGCCGAGGUAGUCCAGUUAUCAUCUGGAGAUGAUUCCGACUCGGAGCUUGAGCUUCAGGCUAUUUACGACACCCCGAAGACAAGGAGCGCUUCGAGGGCCCCCACGCCGUCAAAGCAGAGUAUCGCAGCCGCGGUCAAAAACGCGACGUCAUCUGGCACCGUCGAUGAUUCGGAUAUCGAGUUCGAGUCUCAGGCUAUCCGCAAAACACCCCCUGCGAGAACCAGAUCGCAAAGCCAACCACCAAGCGCGAAGGUGUCCACGACGGCUCAGCGUAAUGUCUCAACGCCCACAAAGAGCAGCCAGGCGGCUACACCGUCUUCACACGCUGCCCGAGUAUCAGCGUCCAAGCCCAACGGAAAGCUAACUUCUCAGGAGAGAGCUGGACGAUGCCGCACUAUGUCGCCCUCAUUGGCUGUUGACAAGACUGGCGGUUCGAAGAAGCAGCAGCAAGCAGCUAAACCGACGCUGGUGCGGGCUCACAAACCUACAGCCAAGGGCACUCCGGCGACUAUCAAGGAAACCUACUGCAUCGACCUCACCCAAGCCAUGACAAGUGAUGAUGACAGCUUCGAAGAGGAGCCCAUGACUAGGUCCCAUGCCCGCAAGGAGGCUUUGAGAACCACGCAGAUCGCGGCAGCAGAUUCACAUGCCGGCAAGAAACGGUCCUGGGAAGAAAUGCAUUCGAGCUCACCUAUUUCGGAGGAUGAUAACCCGGCCAAGAAGCGCAAGCUGGAGAGUGUCGUUUCUCGCAUUGUGCGCAACAGUCUACGGGAGAAGGAGAAGCCAGUGAAUGGAGUGGAGACGCUCCGACAACGCCGCCGUAGAGAAUCGGCUGAGGCUCUUGCGUACUUUCAUCUGACGGGAUGGAAGAAACUGGUCAAGAACAAGCGAUCACCGGUUGCGAGCAAGACAAAGGGAAUCACAUCGCUGUUCUCUUGGACCGAAGUUCGAGAACUCAAGAAGAUGUUGCGCGAGAGGGCUGACUAG